UUCGGUACAUCAUUUGCAUAUCCAGCUAAUGUUGGUUUAAUGAUGACAAGGAAAUAUCCUGUAAAUGUUGAAGUAGAAAAUCCCGAAGAAUUAAUCAGUACAUUGGAUAAUUUGAUUCAAAAUAUUUUAGUUGGUAUUGAUUCAUCACAUUUAUCAUCAUCAUCAUCGAAUAAUUUACAACAACAACUUUCCGAUAAAAAUACUGGACCAAAUAAACGUGGAAUUGAUUUGGGAUUAUCCAGAGGAUUUUCCGGUAGUCAAGCUGCUAAACAUAUGAUGGGUAUGUCUGCUGCAAGUUUUGCUAAUGGACCUGGACGACGACGACGUCGUUAAUCAUAUUCAUUCAUUCUAAUUCAUUCGGAUCACAUACCAACACAAACACACACCAUAGAAAAACUCAAAAUGUAGAAAUGAUUAUUGUCGGGAAUCAUCAUCACCACCGAAAUAAUAAUCAUCAGUAUUAUCAUCGUGGUCAUCAUCAUCAUCAUCGAAAUAAUGAAAUUAUCUUCUCUCUCUCUCUCUCUCUCUUGAUUGAUCUUUGCUGUCGUUGAUUUUAAACACCAUACACACACACCUAUCAAUCAUGGUUUUGCAUCCAAAA